UCGCCGCCACCGGCCCUGUGGUUUCCCUGCCCCUUGCACAGGGGCGGCUCCUGUUAUGUAAUAUCAGCAGCCCCCAGUGAGACAAGGCGGGACACGCACUGUACAGCUCUGGCCACCUGGAGUCUGUGGGACCGACUGCUGCAGCGAUGGAAGCUCCUUGAGGGCCCCUUUCGAGCAGCCCUAGCCCAUCAAGGGAAAACGGCACCCACCGCUUGGAAAACUGGGGGGUCCUUUCUCCUGCACAUCCCAGAGGAGACCCUUUUCCCUUUUUGCUUCCUCGUCCACCCUCUCCGGCUGCACACCUGACCCAGGCAGCCAGGAAUUCCUGCAGAAACAGAGUUGGGCACCCUCGUGGCUUCAUGAAUGUCUAAUCCAGGCAGCUGCACGCUGCAGAUUCACAGAGCCAGCUCUGAGAACUUUGCUGCCACGGCUAAUUUUGGGGGGACCAGGCUGGAGCAGAGGCUGGGCAGGGCCCGGCCUGACAAAAUGCCCCCUUUUCCACCCCAGCAAGGAUGGGCUCGGGGAACCUUCCUCCCCUUGUACAAUCCCCUGGCAGGGGGGGAACUUGGCCCCCAAGGAGAAAUGGAGCUCACCUGGCAAGAAAUCCUCUCCAUCUCAGAACUGCAGGGCCUUGAGAUGCCAGCUGAAAGCUGCUAUGACCCUGCCUUAUGCGGCCAUGCACAACCAAUGGCGCCACCUCCCAGCUAUGGGCCGUGCACAGAGAUGGGGGACUGUUCGAUUUCCUACAGCCAUCCUGCUCCACCAUACGAGCGCCCCUUCCCAGAAACUCUGCCAGGCCCUUGCACUGUCUACAGCUACACCGGCAUGCUGAUCUCGUCCUCCCUCGAGCCUCCUGGACCUGCCAUUCUGGGCGAAUGUAAAGGGGCACCAGGGAUGGUGCUGGAGAGGGACUUGGCCAGUUGCUAUGGGCCACAAGGCCCUUGCAAGCCCCAGGAGGACUUGGAAUCAGACUCUGGCUUGUCCCUUAACUACAGCGAUGCAGAGUCCCUAGAGGCAGAGGGGCUGGAGAGGGCAGAGUAUGUGCCACUGUACCCCAUGGACCAUGCACCACCCUACCCAAUGUUGCCCCCUGUGCCAGAGUUGCCCUGCGCCAACCCACCCCUGGAACAUUCUUUGGAGAAAGGGCGGAGCCCACGUGGGGAGCUGGUGGGCAGUCGGGACGAGCGGCGGGCCCUUGCCAUGAACAUCCCCUUCCCAGUCGAGAAGAUCAUCAACCUGCCUGUGGACGACUUCAACGAGCUGGUGACACGCUUCCCGCUGAGCGAGCCUCAGCUGGCUCUGAUCAGGGACAUCCGCCGGCGCGGCAAGAACAAAGUGGCGGCUCAGAAUUGCCGCAAGCGCAAGCUAGAGACCCUGGUUCACUUGGAGCGGGAGCUGGAAGAGCUGAGCUGCGAGCGGCAGCGGCUGCUACGGGACAGAGGAGAGUUUAACAGGACCCUGGCGCUCACCAAGCAAAAGUUGGGAGCUCUCUACCACCAAGUCUUUUGCAUGUUGCGUGAUGAAGCUGGCAACACUUACUCCCCUGAAGAGUAUGUGCUGCAACUCGCUGCAGAUGGCGGAGUCUUCCUGGUACCGCGAAAUAACCAGCCAGACAAGCCCAGUGACUGAACAGAGCAGAUUCUCGCGGGAGCAAGUGCAGGGAUUGAAUAGACCCACUUGGCCCAAAAUAAGCAACCCUGCACUGUUUUCAAGGAGACUCAAGGAGCCUCCAAUUCAAGCUUUGAGGCUACCCAAAUAGAGGAGCACGGUCUAUUACAAGCCACAUGGCAAAUGAAUGCAUAUACAUAUUUGUAACUGAACAAAUGCCAUUGCUUCUGAACUUAAAAGUGCUUACGACUGUUAUCUAGGCCGUUCUUUAAACACAACCGAUUUACAGAAUGGGGAGAGGGAAACAGCUCUGGGAGCUUGAAGAAGGCAACUAGAAUCUACCCAAAGAACUAUUGACCUAGCCAAACUAUUCACUUUUGUUAGCUUGACAUUAUUUGCUUCAUCCACACACCAUUUCUAAGGUUAGUCUUUCCCAGAGAUUGUUUAUUGAAGGCAGUACAGUUGUACCUGGGAUCUCAAACAGCUUAGUUGCUGAAUGUUUUGGCUCCCAAACAAUUGAAAACUGGGAGUGUUCCGGUUUUUGGAAGCCAAAUGUCCAGCACAGCUUCCAGUUGGCUGCAGGACUCCCGGAAGGCAUUGUUUGGCAACCAGGCUACGACUGUAUUCCCAGACCAUUAUGGCAGGGAGUGGGGAAGCUCAAGCCAGGGACCAACCAAAUCUUCCUCCAAGCCUCUUUAUAUGGCCCUCUGAAAAUUAUGCAUGGCCUUGUGCUUUAUACCUCAAGUGCUGCCUCAGUGAAACAUGCCCAAGAAUUCUUGCUUACCUCAGUGGAAAGGUUGCAUUGAGUGUGAAAUUUGCCUACUGGCAAGGGGGUUGGACUAGAUGACCCUUGGGUCCCUUCCAACUCUUAAGAUUCUAUUAUUCUACUGUGCAAAAGCAAACUUGCAUUCACUGUUCCUCCUACUUUUGCCCCUGCCUCCACCCACCCGCUGGCAUGCAGCACAAAGACUGAAAAAAGAUCUGUAUGGUGGUGUUAGAUCUGUCUCCUAACAAAAGGUAUAGCAACUUGUUUAAUUCUGAUCAGAAUUAAUUCUCCACCCACCCUGCCUUCCUGGUCUUCGGAAACUACAAGGUCUCUAGAACAGUGAUGGGAAACGUAAGGUCUUCCAGAUGAUGGACUUCAGCUCACAAGCAAGCCUGAUGUUGGGAAUUGGGAGUCUAGCCCAGACAGCCUGUUUCUUAAAUUUACUCUAGAGGGCCAAAUGAAUUAGCACUAGUGGAGUUGAAUCCAGUGUUUCUCAAAAGGGGUUGGCAUACCCUCCAGUGCAGAAUAUUAAGAUUGGGGGUAGGGGAGUGCUUCCAAAAUGUAGGAGCCACAAAAUUUCAACCUAUCUGAAAAUCCAACAGAAAAUGAGGCUGCUUGCAAUCUUUUCAGAAUUAGCCAUAGUCAUGCUCCAUUAAGAGCACACAGGACUCUUCAGACCCCUGUUUCCCCCUCAUUUUGUGGAACUAUGCUUGCUGUUGGCUACAAGCACCACUUCAGGCAUUUGAAGUUAAAUACAAGGCUCAUCCACAGCGCCCUUUUCCCCACAAGUCCCGUAUACAAAUCCAAGGUUUCCCUUUUGCUCAGCAACUUUCGCGAGGAAAACCCAGUUUACUGUUGAAUCAGAACAAACAUCAAUCCACAGAAAAUCCAAUUGAUAUUUGUUCCGAUUCAGUGGUGAACAGUGUAAAGACACCAAAACAAACCACACGCCAGAGACCUGUGCGUAGAAAUGAGACAAAAGGAAGUGAAUGAACCCUUCCACAAAAAAACUGCGAGGAACCAAAACUGGUUCUAUGACCCGUGCUCUGCUAGAAUAAAUUAUGCAAGCCUACUUGACUAAGGCUCAGGAAAGAGCAGAGGCUUUUAAGAACCAGGUGCUGUCCGGGGAUCUUACUGUUGCUUCCAGAUUGUUGAGGUGCAGUACAAAAUUGUUUUAGCCAACUACUUUUUACAAACCUGAGUUUUAGCAGGGAGGCUAGCUUGUGGCUCAAGAAGUUCGAAGCCUCUGUAAAUGCUACACCAGCUUAUUAUGGGACAGGCUUGCACUAGCUCUGGUAGAUCACCCUUUGCUCUUUACCCAUGGAAAUCAACAACAUAAUGUGGUCUCUUAAAAUGCAUGCUGCUUUCCAGAAUUACAGGCCACCUGCAUCCCCCAGAAUAAGUGUACCAGGGUGUUGGGCAGAACACGCUUGUGCAGGAGAGGACUGUGGCAUCAAAAUACAUCUGGCCUGCAAAGCAGCAUGGCCACUCAUAAUGUGUAAAUAAGUUGCACUUAAAUCUUUCUACAGAAUAAACUUGUUUGGUUAAA